ACCGAAUUCAACUCGUCAGCAUCAUCUACUUUGUCAAACAAAUGGAUACAAAUCAAAAGGAUUUUUCGAAAACUUUCGAACGAACAAAGAAAAAAACAACCGGAAGUUCCGUUUCACUUCACUCAGGCUCGAACCUUGCUGCAGCCGAAAAAAGGUCUAAGAUGCGUGAAGAUAGACUGCAACAAAGUGCUGCACGUACAACUGAAAUAAGCACAAUAAAUCAACAGGAUGUUCUUCGAACAACAACUUCUGCCGAAAUAAGGUCAAAAAAGAAAAAUGAUAUGCAGAAACCAGAGACCUCAAAGCGUGGGAGGUCACAAUGCAUCGACAAACCAGAAAUGCCUGCCAGAAAGAAACAGGCUAAAGCAAAGAGUGACAAAGCUAUUACUUGUAAAAUCAGAAAGACCUAA